AUGAUUAUAAAACAGUACACUAGCAAGAGAUAUCUAGUAAGUUGGGGUGAUACAAGUUAUGAAACAAAGGAGACUUUUAUUCUAAAAACCUCAUAUGAGGCAAAUAAAAGAGAAAUAGUGAAUAGAAAAUGCGAUGAUCCAAACGGACUACUGCUAUGGGGAAGUCUAGAUGAUUUAGAGUACAAGUCACAGCUUAUAAAAAUGUUCUUAAUACACAAUAAUAGAGGAUUUCUUGGCAUUGAUAAUUCCAUGGUACAGUUCACUUCUAAUCUUAUAAGAGAUGUUCCUAUGGAUGACUUAAAAACAAGACAAUGUAUUCUAUCUGCCUGUGCAUACACUAAUAACUAUAAAAUAUACUAUCCACAACUUAUAGAAUAUGAUGUGUAUACUAUUCCUAAAACAGAAAUCUCUUCAAAUGGGCUAUCCUCAUCGAUGGAAACACUGUCUGAUAUAGGGGCAAUAGAUACCACUUCUUUAUUUAAUUCAUAUAUAUCUAUAUUACGGGUGUAUAAGAAAGACUUCGCAAUCCCUUAUUUAUUCUCAGAUUUGCCCGUUAUUAUUAGUAUACUAAAUAAAAUAAACAGUAUUGUUUAUAACAUAGUACAUCCAAAACCUAAGACUAAGAUAAAAUUAUAUGGUAAAGAACCAAUUAAUCAGAAAACAAUGUCUGUAAAAGAACUAUGCUCGUACAGACAAACUGUUUUAAAUAAUAUUCAUAAUGAAUUAAUAGAUGCAGUGCCCUCUCCUGUUAACGACAAUCUCACUGCUAUUUAUGUGUGCUGGCUUUUUAACCUAAUUAAUUCUCAUUACCCUUUCGGCAUGGUGGAUAUUAAACCCAUAUAUGUUCGUAUUAAUCCAUAUGCACUUUCAAAUGAAAUUAAAGGUAUUUUAGGAUAUAAACUGUCCAAUGAGAAUAUCACUAAGUUUAUAACGUUCUUACAGGAUAACAAGCUAGAAUUAGUUGACAACAGCAAUUAUGAGUCUGAAGAGAAAUAUCAAGCAAUAAUAUUCUUAUUUAAUGAUUAUAACCCGAAUAAAAUAUUGUUUAUGCCUUACACAUAA